AUGCACAUCCGGUUUCCAGCAUUCGCAUCCGGUUUCAUGCCAAUCCGGUCACCAGAAUGCCCGCCAGGUCUCCAGUAUCCUCAACCGGUCUCCAGCAUUCCCGUCCGGUUUCAUGCACAUCCGUUCUCCAAAAUGCCUGUUAGGUCUCCAGUAUGUACAUCCAGUAUCCAGCAUGCUCAUUCCCACCGGGUCUCCGGUAUGCACAUCAGCUCUCCAGUAUUCUCGUCACGUUUCAUGCCGGUCCGGCCCGUCCUGUUUACUGUAUGUCCGUUAGGUCUCCAGUAUGCGUAUCCGGUCUACAUCAUUCGCAUCGUGUUUCAUAUCCGUUCGGUCUCCAUCAUUCCCAUCCGGUCUCAAUCAUCCACGUCAAGUCUCCAGCCGUUCCUGUCUCCAGUAUGUCCGUCAGGUCUCCAGUAUGCGCAUCCGGUCUCCAACAUUACCAUCCGGUUUCAGUCCCGUCCUGUCUCCAGUAUGCACGUCAAGUCUCCAGCCCGUCCACUCUCCAGUAUGUCCGUCAGGUCUCCAGUAUGCGCAUCCGGUCUCCAACAUUACCAUCCGGUUUCAGUCCCGUCGUGUCUCCAGUAUGCACGUCAAGUCUCCAGUGUGAUCAUACGGUCUCAAAUAUUCACAUCUGGUUUCAAGCCCGUCCUCUUUCCAGUAUGUCCGGCAGGUCUCCAGCCCCUCCUCUCUAAAGUAUGUCCGUCAGGUCUCCAGUAUGUGCAUCCGGUCUCCAACAUUACCAUCCGGUUUCAGUCCCGUCCUGUCUCCAGCCCGUCCUCUCUCCAGUAUGCCCGUCAGGUCUCCAGUAUGCGCAUCCGGUCUCCAACAUCACCAUCCGGUUUCAGUCCCGUCCUGUCUCCAGCGCGACCUCUCUCCAGUAUGUCCGUCAGGUCUCCAGUAUGCGCAUCCGGUCUCCAACAUUACCAUCCGGUUUCAGUCCCGUCCAGUCUCCAGUAUGCACGUCAAGUCUCCAGUGUGAUCAUACGGUCUCAAAUAUUCCCAUCUGGUUUCAAGCCCGUCCUCUUUCCAGUAUGUCCGGCAGGUCUCAAGCCCGUCCUCUGUCCAGUAUGUCCGUCAGGUCUCCAUUAUGCGCAUCCGGUCUCCAACAUUACCAUCCGGUUUCAGUCCCGUCCUGUCUCCAGCCCCUCCUCUCUAAAGUAUGUCCGUCAGGUCUCCAGUAUGUGCAUCCGGUCUCCAACAUUACCAUCCGGUUUCAGUCCCGUCCUGUCUCCAGUAUGCACGUCAAGUCUCCUGCCCGUCCUCUCUCCAGUAUGUCCGUCAGGUCUCCAGUAUGCGCAUCCGGUCUCCAACAUCACCAUCCGGUUUCAGACCCGUCCUGUCUCCAGCGCGUCCUCUCUCCAGUAUGUCCGUCAGGUCUCCAGUAUGCGCAUCCGGUCUCCAACAUUACCAUCCGGUUUCAGUCCCGUCCUGUCUCCAGUACGCACGUCAAGUCUCCAGCCCCUCCUCUCUCCAGUAUGUCCGUCAGGUCUCCAGUAUGCGCAUCCGGUCUCCAACAUUACCAUCCGGUUUCUGUCCCGUCCUGUCUCCAGUCCGUCCUGUCUCCAGUAUGUCCGUCAAGUCUCCAGUAUGCGCAUCCGGUCUCCAACAUUACCAUCCGGUUUCAGUCCCGUCCUGUCUCCAACCCCUCCUCUCUCCAGUAUGUCCGCAGGUCUCCAGUAUGCGCAUCCGGUCUCCAACAUCACCAUCCGGUUUCAGUCCCGUCCUGUCUCCAGCGCGUCCUCUCUCCAGUAUGUCCGUCAGGUCUCCAGUAUGCGCAUCCGGUCUCCAACAUUACCAUCCGGUUUCAGUCCCGUCCUGUCUCCAGUCCGUCCUGUCUCCAGUAUGUCCGUCAGGUCUCCAGUAUGCGCAUCCGGUCUCCAACAUUACCAUCCGGUUUCAGUCCCGUCCUGUCUCCAGCCCGUCCUCUCUCCAGUAUGUCCGUCAGGUCUCCAGUAUGCGCAUCCGGUCUCCAACAUCACAAUCCGGUUUCAGUCCCGUCCUGUCUCCAACCCCUCCUCUCUCCAGUAUGUCCGGCAGGUCUCCAGUAGGCGCAUCCGGUCUCCAACAUUACCAUCCAGUUUCUGUCCCGUCCUGUCUCCAGUCCGUCCUGACUCCAGUAUGUCCGUCAAGUCUCCAGUAUGCGCAUCCGGUCUCCAACAUUACCAUCCGGUUUCAGUCCCGUCCUGUCUCCAACCCCUCCUCUCCAGUAUGUCCGCAGGUCUCCAGUAUGCGCAUCCGGUCUCCAACAUCACCAUCCGGUUUCAGUCCCGUCCUGUCUCCAGCGCCCCUCCUCUCUCCAGUAUGUCCGUCAGGUCUCCAGUAUGCACAUCCGGUCUCCAUGUCCGGUUUCAGUCCCGUCCUGUCCAGCCCCGUCCUCUCCAGUAUGUCCGUCAGGUCUCCAGUAUGCGCAUCCGGUCUCCAACAUUACCAUCCGGUUUCAGUCCCAUCCUGUCCCAGUAUGCACGUCAAGUCUCCAGUGUGAUCAUCCGGUCUCAAAUAUUCCCAUCUGUUUCAGUUCCGUCCUCUCUCCAGUAUGUCCGUCAUCCCAGUAUGCGCAUCCGGUCUCCAACAUUACCAUCCGGUUUCAGUCCCGUCCUGUCUCCAGCCCGUCCUCUCCCAGUAUGUCCGUCAGGUCUCCAGUAUGCGCAUCCGGUCUCCAACAUUACCAUCCGGUUUCAGUCCCGUCCUGCCCAUUCCUCUCUCCAACAUUAUGUCCGUCCAGGUCUCCAGUAUGCGCAUCCGGUCUCCAACAUUCCCAUCUGGUUUCAGUCCCCUCCUGUCCUGUCCUGUCUCAGUCCCCUCCUCUCUCCAGUAUGUCCGUCAGGUCUCCAGUAUGCGCAUCCGGUCUCCAACAUUACCAUCCGGUUUCAGUCCCGUCCUGUCUCCAGCCCGUCCUGUCUCCAGUAUGUCCGUCAGGUCUCCAGUAUGCGCAUCCGGUCUCCAACCGGCAUUACCAUCCCAUUUCAGUCCCAUCCUGUCUCCAGCCCGUCCUCUCUCCAGUAUGUCCGUCAGGUCUCCAUUAUGCGCAUCCGGUCUCCAACAUUACCAUCCGGUUUCAGUCCCGUCCUGUCUCCAGUAUGCACGUCAAGUCUCCAGCCCCUCCUCUCUCCAGUAUGUCCGUCAGGUUCCAUUAUGCGCAUCCGGUCUCCAACGGUUUUACCAUCCGGUUUCAGUCCCGUCCUGUCUCCAGCCCCCAGUCUGGUUUCAGGCCCCGGUCCUCUGUCCCGUCCUGUCUCCAGUAUGUCCCAGUGUGAUCAGGUCUCCAUUAUCUGGUUUCGCAUCCGUAUGUCCGUCAGGUCCAACAUUACCAUCCGGUUUCAGUCCCGUCCUGUCUCCAGCCCGUCCUCUCUCCAGUAUGUCCGUCAGGUCUCCAUUAUGCAUCCGGUCUCCAACAUUACCAUCCGGUUUCAGUCCCCUGUCCAGUCAAGUCAGUAUGAUCAUCCGGUCAAAUAUUCCCAUCUGUCUCCAGUAUGUCCGUCAGGCCCCAGUCCGUCAAGUCUCCAGUGUGAUCUCCUCAAAUAUGUCCGUCCUCUCUCCAGGUCCGUCAGGUCUCAGUAUGCGCAUCCGGUCUCCAACAUCACCAUCCGGUUUCAGUCCCGUCCUGUCUCCAGCCCGUCCUCUCUCCAGUAUGUCCGUCAGGUCUCCAGUAUGCGCAUCCGGUCUCCAACAUUACCAUCCGGUUUCAGUCCCGUCCUGUCUCCAGUAUGCACGUCAAGUCUCCAGCCCCUCCUCUCUCCAGUAUGUCCGUCAGGUCUCCAGUAUGUGCAUCCGGUCUCAACAUCACCAUCCGGUUUCAGUCCCGUCCUGUCUCCACCCGUCCUCUCUCCAGUAUGUCCGUCAGGUCUCCAGUAUGCGCAUCCGGUCUCCAACAUCACCAUCCGGUUUCAGUCCCGUCCUGUCUCCAGCCCUCCUCUCUCCAGUAUGUCCGUCAGGUCUCCAGUAUGCGCAUCCGGUCUCCAACAUUACCAUCCGGUUUCAGUCCGUCCUCAGUCUCCAGUAUGCAUCGUCAAGUCAUCCAGUAUGAUCAUCCGUCUCAAAUAUUCCCAUCUGGUUUCAGGUCCCUCCUCUCUCCAGUAUGUCCGUCAGGGUCUCCAGCCCGUCCUCUCCAGUAUGUCCGUCAGGUAUGUCCGGUCAGGUCCUGUCCCAGUAUGCACGUCAAGUCUCCAUCCGGUCUCAACAUUCCCAUCCAUCCGGUUUCCGUCAGUCCCAGUCCAUCCGUCUCCAACAUUACCAUCCGGUUUCAGUCCCGUCCUGUCUCCAGUAUGCACGUCAAGUCUCCAGUGUGAUCAUCCGUCUCAAAUAUUCCCAUCUGAUUCAUCCUCUCCAGUAUGUCCGUCAGGUCUCAAAUGGUUUCAUCCGUCCUGUCUCCAAUGCACGUCAAGUUCCACCAUCCGGUUUCAGUCCCCUCCUCUCUCCAGUAUGUCCGUCAAGUCUCCAGUCGCAUCCGGUCUCAAAUAUUCCCAGUCCCGUCCUGUUUCAGGUCCCAGUAUGAUCAUCCGGUCUCUCUCUGGUUUCAGGUCCGUAUGUCCGUCAGGUCUCCAGUAUGCGCAUCCGGUCUCCAACAUUACCAUCCGGUUUCAGUCCCGUCCUUAUGUCCGUCAGGUCUCCAGUAUGCGCAUCCGGUCUCCAACAUCACCAUCCGGUUUCAGUCCCGUCCUGUCUCCAGCCCGUCCUCUCUCCAGUAUGUCCGUCAGGUCUCCAGUAUGCGCAUCCGGUCUCCAACAUCACCAUCCGGUUUCAGUCCCGUCCUGUCUCCAGCCCCUCCUCUCUCCAGUAUGUCCGUCAGGUCUCCAGUAUGCGCAUCCGGUCUCCAACAUUACCAUCCGGUUUCAGUCCCGUCCUGCCCGUCCUCUCUCCAGUAUGUCCGUCCGUCAGGUCUCCAGUAUGCGCAUCCGGUCUCCAACAUCCAUCCGGUUUCAGUCCCGUCCUGUUCCAGCCCGUCCUCUCUCCAGUAUGUCCGUCAGGUCUCCAGUAUGCAUCCGGUCUCCAACAUUACCAUCCGGUUUCAGUCCCGUCCUGUCUCCAGUAUGCACGUCAAGUCUCCAGCCGUCCUCUCUCCAGUAUGUCCGUCAGGUCUCCAGUAUGCGCAUCCGGUCUCCAACAUUACCAUCCGGUUUCAGUCCCGUCCUGUCUCCAGCCCCUCCUCUCUCCAGUAUGUCCCAGUCAGGUCUCCAGUAUGAUCAUCCAGUCAUCCCAUCUGGGCCCGUCCUCUCCAACAUCUCCACCAUCCGGUUUCAGGUUUCCCUGUCCUGUCUCCAGUCCGUCCUCUCCAGUAUGUCCGUCAGGUCUCCAGUAUGCGCAUCCGGUCUCCAACAUUACCAUCCGGUUUCAGUCCCGUCCUGUCUCCAGUCCUGUCUCCAGUCCUCCAGUCUCCAGUAUGUCCGUCAGGUCCGUCCCAGUAUGCGCAUCCGGUCUCCAACAUUACCAUCCGGUUUCAGUCCCGUCCUGUCUCCAGCCCGUCCUCUCUCCAGUAUGUCCGUCAGGUCUCCCAGUAUGCGCAUCCGGUCUCCAACAUUACCAUCCGGUUUCAGUCCCGUCCUGUCUCCAGUAUGCACGUCAAGUCUCCAGUGUGAUCAUCCGGUCUCAAAUAUUCCCCAUCUGGUUUCAGGCCCGUCCUCUCUCCAGUAUGUCCGUCAGGUCUCCAGUAUGCGCAUCCGGUCUCCAACAUCACCAUCCGGUUUCAGUCCCGUCCUGUCUCCAGCCCUCCUCUCUCCAGUAUGUCCGUCAGGUCUCCAGUAUGCGCAUCCGGUCUCCAACAUUACCAUCCGGUUUCAGUCCCAUCCUGUCUCAAGCCCGUCCUCUCUCCAGUAUGUCCGUCAGGUCUCCAGUAUGCGCAUCCGGUCUCCAACAUUACCAUCCGGUUUCAGUCCCAUCCUGUCUCCAGUAUGCACGUCAAGUCUCCAGUAUGAUCAUCCGGUCUCAAAUGAUUUCAUCCGGUCCGUCCCCAUCUGGUUUCAGUCCUGUCCUGUCUCCAGUAUGUCCGUCCGUCAGGUCUCCAGUAUGCGCAUCCGGUCUCCAACAUUACCAUCCGGUUUCAGUCCCGUCCUGUCUCCAGCCCCUUUCUCUCUCCAGUAUGUCCGUCAGGUCUCCAGUAUGCAUCCGGUCAACAUUACCAUCCGGUUUCAGUCCCGUCCUGUUCCAGUAUGCACGUCAAGUCUCCAGCCCGUCCUCUCUCCAGUAUGUCCGUCAGGUCUCCAAUAUGCGCAUCCGGUCUCCAACAUUACCAUCCGGUUUCAGUCCCGUCCUGUCUCCAGCCCGUCCUCUCUCCAGUAUGUCCGGCAGGUCUCCAGUAGGCGCAUCCGGUCUCCAACAUCACCAUCCGGUUCAGUCCCGUCCUGUCUCCAGCCCGUCCUCUCUCCAGUAUGUCCGUCAGGUCUCCAGUAUGCGCAUCCGGUCUCCAACAUUACCAUCCGGUUUCAGUCCCGUCCUGUCUCCAGUAUGCACGUCAACGUCAGUCUCCAGCCCUCCUCUCCAGUAUGUCCGUCAGGUCUCCAGUAUGCGCAUCCGGUCUCCAACAUUACCAUCCGGUUUCAGUCCCGUCCUGUCUCCAGCCCGUCCUCUCUCCAGUAUGUCCGUCAAAUAUGCGCAUCCGGUCAUCAUGGGUUUUCCUGUCAGUAUGCACGGUUCCAGUGUGAUCAUCCAUCCGGUUUCAGUCCUCCUCUCCAGUAUGUCCGUCAGGCCCGUCCUCUCUCCCAGUAUGUCCGUCAGGUCUCCAGUAUGCGCAUCCGGUCUCCAUCACCAUUACCAUCCGGUUUCAGUCCCGUCCUGUCUCCAGUAUGCACGUCAAGUCUCCAGCCCCUCCUCUCUCCAGUAUGUCUGUCAGGUCUCCAUUAUGUGCAUCCGGUCUCCAACAUUACCAUCCGGUUUCAGUCCCGUCCUGUCUCCAGCCCGUCCUCUCUCCAGUAUGACCGUCAGGUCUGCAGUAUGCGCAUCCGGUCUCCAACAUCACCAUCCGGUUUCAGUCCCGUCCUGUCUCCAACCCCUCCUCUCUCCAGUAUGUCCGUCAGGUCUCCAGUAGGCGCAUCCGGUCUCCAACAUUACCAUCCGGUUUCAGUCCCGUCCUGUCUCCAGCCCCUCCUCUCUCCAGUAUGUCCGUCAGGUCUCCAUUAUGUGCAUCCGGUCUCCAACAUUACCAUCCGGUUUCAGUCCCGUCCUGUCUCCAGCCUCUCUUCUCUCCAGUAUGUCCGUCAGGUCUCCAAUAUGUGCAUCCGGUCUCCAACAUUACCAUCCGGUUUCAGUCCCGUCCUGUCUCCAGCCCGUCCUCUCUCCAGUAUGUCCGUCAGGUCUCCAGUAUGCGCAUCAGGUCUCCAACAUCACCAUCCGGUUUCAGUCCCGUCCUGUCUCCAGCCCGUCCUCUGUCCAGUAUGUCCGUCAGGUCUCCAGUAUGCGCAUCCGGUCUCCAACAUUACCAUCCGGUUUCAGUCCCGUCCUGUCUCCAGUAUGCACGUCAAGUCUCCAGCCCGUCCUCUCUCCAGUAUGUCCGUCAGGUCUCCAGUAUGCGCAUCCGGUCCGUCAGGUCCAACAUCACCAUCCGGUUUCAGUCCCGUCCUGUCUCCAGCCCGUCCUCUCUCCAGUAUGUCCGUCAGGUCUCCAGUAUGCGCAUCAGGUCUCCAACAUCACCAUCCGGCUUCAGUCCCGUCCUGUCUCCAGCCCCUCCUCUCUCCAGUAUGUCCGUCAGGUCUCCAUUAUGCGCAUCUGGUCUCCAACAUUACCAUCCGGUUUCAGUCCCGUCCUGUCUCCAGUAUACACGUCAAGUCUCCAUCCCCUCCUCUCUCCAGUAUGUCCGUCAGGUCUCCAGUAUGGGCAUCCGGUCUCCAACAUUACCAUCCGGUUUCAGUCCCGUCCUGUCUCCAGUCCGUCCUGUCUCCAGUAUGUCCGUCAGGUCUCCAGUAUGCGCAUCCGGUCUCCAACAUUACCAUCCGGUUUCUGUCCCGUCCUGUCUCCAUUAUGCACGUCAAGUCUCCAGCCCCUCCUCUCUCCAGUAUGUCCGUCAGGUCUCCAGUAUGCGCAUCCGGUCUCCACCAUUACCAUCCGGUUUCAGUCCCGUCCAGUCUCCAGUAUGCACGUCAAGUCUCCAGUGUGAUCAUCCGGUCUCAAAUAUUCCCAUCUGAUUUCAGGCCCCUCCUCUCUCCAGUAUGUCCGUCAGGUCUCCAGUAUGCGCAUCCGGUCUCCACCAUUACCAUCCGGUUUCAGUCCCGUCCUGUCACUAGUCCGUCCUGUCUCCAGUAUGUCCGUCAGGUCUCCAGUAUGCGCAUCCAGUCUCCAACAUUACCAUCCGGUUUCAGUCCCGUCCUGUCUCCAGUAUGCACGUCAAGUCUCCAGCCCCUCCUCUCUCCAGUAUGUCCGUCAGGUCUCCAGUAUGCGCAUUCGGUCUCCACCAUUACCAUCCGGUUUCAGUCCCGUCCUGUCUCCAGUCCGUCCUGUCUCCAGUAUGUCCGUCAGGUCUCCAGUAUGCGCAUCCGGUCUCCAACAUUACCAUCCGGUUUCAGUCCCGUCCUGUCUCCAGUAUGCACGUCAAGUCUCCAGCCCGUCCUCUGUCCAGUAUGUCCGUCAGGUCUCCAGUAUGCGCAUCCGGUCUCCACCAUUACCAUCCGGUUUCAGUCCCGUCCUGUUCCUCCUGUCUCCAGUAUGUCCGUCAGGUCUCCAGUAUGCGCAUCCGGUCUCCAACAUUACCAUCCGGUUUCAGUCCCAUCCUGUCUCCAGUAUGCACGUCAGGUCUCCAGUAUACUCAUCAAGUCUCCAACAUGCUCAGCAUGUUUCAUGCCCAUCCAGUCUAUAGAAUACCGUCAGUUCCUCAGUAUACUUAUCGGGUCACCAGCAUUCCCAUCUUGUUUCAUACCCAUCCAGUCUCCUCUAUGCCCGCGAGAUCUCCCGUAUGCUCAUCCGGUCUCCAUCAUACGCAGCCGGUUUCAUGUCCAUCCAGUCCUCAAUAUGCCCGUCAGGUUUCCAGUGUGCUCAUCCGGUCUCCAGCAUUCCCACCCGGCUUCAUGCCUAUCGCGCAAAUGCCGCAUAUUUGAUCUACCAAUGCUCUACACUACACUUUCUCUCUCUCUCUCUCUAACUCUCUCUCUCUCUCUAACUCUUUCUCUCUCUCUCACACUCUCAAUCUUUAUAUCUCUAUCUCUCUCUCUUUCUCUCUCUCCCUUUCUCUCUCUCACUCUCUCUCUCUAA